CCUUCCCGACGUCACUUCCGUUUCCGUCCGCGCCGGAAGUGCAGCCGCUUUCGCCGCCAUGGCCUCAAGGUUACUGCGGGUGAGCGCGGCCCUGCGGCUCCUGCCCGCGGCAUCUGCCCGCGCCGUGCCCGCCCGCCACCUCGGCGUACCCGGAAACCUGGCCAGCGAUGAGGAGCAGGCGACCGGCAUGGAGCGGAAGGUGAUGGAGGCCAUGAACAAGGGUCUGGAUCCGUACAACAUGUUCCGGCCCAAGCGCUACGCAGGCACCAAGGAGGACCCGAACCUCGUCCCCUCCAUCACCAACAAGCGCAUUGUGGGCUGUGUCUGUGAGGAGGACAACAGUUACGUGGUUUGGUUCUGGCUGCACAAGGGCGAGGCCCAGCGCUGCCCCUCCUGCGGUGCCCACUACAAACUGAUCCCCCACGAGCUGCCCCACUGAGGGGAGCCUGGGAGACCCUCCAYCCUCCCCUCCCCGGGACCACCGGGGCUCUGCUGGACCCCCUUGCAUCACCCCAGAUAAAGAGGUUGUGUGGACACCC